AUGCGUGAAAUCGUGCUCAUCCAGGCAGGCCAGUGUGGCAACCAGAUCGGCGCCAAGUUUUGGGAGGUCAUCAGUGAUGAACAUGGUAUUGACCCCACAGGCAGCUAUCAUGGAGAUGGUGACUUACAGCUGGACAGAAUCAAUGUGUACUACAAUGAAGCAGCUGUUUUUGUUCCUGCAGGCAAUAAAUAUGUUCCUCGGGCCAUCCUAGUGGACCUGGAGCCAGGAACGGUAGACUCGGUGAGAUCGGGACCAUUUGGCCAGAUAUUCAGGCCAGACAACUUUGUGUUUGGCCAGAGUGGUGCAGGGAAUAACUGGGCCAAGGGCCACUACACAGAGGGAGCCGAGCUGGUGGACUCCAUGCUGGAUGUGGUGAGAAAGGAGGCAGAGAGCUGUGACUGUCUGCAGGGCUUCCAACUGACCCACUCACUGGGGGGCGGCACUGGCUCGGGCAUGGGCACCCUGCUCAUCAGCAAGAUCCGGGAGGAGUACCCAGACCGCAUCAUGAACACCUUCAGCGUCGUGCCUUCACCUAAGGUGUCAGACACGGUGGUGGAGCCCUAUAAUGCCACCCUCUCUCUCCACCAGCUGCUGGAAAACACGGAUGAAACCUUCUGCAUCGACAACGAGGCCCUGUAUGACAUCUGUUUCCGCACCCUAAAGCUGACCACCCCCACGUAUGGUGACCUCAACCACCUGGUAUCAGCCACCAUGAGCGGGGUCACCACGUGCCUGCGCUUCCCGGGCCAGCUGAACGCAGACCUGCGCAAGCUGGCCGUGAACAUGGUGCCCUUCCCCCGCCUGCACUUCUUCAUGCCUGGCUUCGCGCCCCUGACCAGCAGGGGCAGCAUGCAGUACCGCGCCCUGACGGUGCCUGAGCUCACCCAGCAGAUGUUCGACGCCAAGAACAUGAUGGCAGCGUGUGACCCGCGCCACGGCCGCUACCUGGCAGUGGCUGCCAUCUUCCGAGGCCGCAUGUCCAUGAGGGAGGUGGACGAGCAGAUGCUCAACAUGCAGAACAAGAACAGCAGCUACUUCGUGGACUGGAUCCCCCACAACGUGAAGACAGCCGUGUGCGACAUCCCACCGCGGGGCCUCAAGAUGUCAGCCACCUUCAUUGGCAACAACACAGCCAUCCAGGAGCUCUUCAAGCGCAUCUCUGAGCAGUUCACUGCCAUGUUCCGGCGCAAGGCCUUCCUGCACUGGUACACAGGCGAGGGCAUGGACGAGAUGGAGUUCACUGAGGCCGAGAGCAACAUGAACGACCUGGUGGCCGAGUACCAGCAGUAUCAGGAUGCCACUGCUGAGGAACACGAAGAGUUCGACGAGGACGAAGAGGAAGAGGUCGAGGAGGCUUAGGAACUUCUCAACCUCCUUGGUCAACUUGUUGUCCACCAGCUCCUCUAUGAUUGUCAACUAAGCUGAUCAGGUGUGUCUGUCCAAGUGCACUGUACUGAUAAUAUCUGUACUCGUAAUUCAGGGCUCCAUACUCUCCCAAUUUUCCUUCUUGCUGUUCUCAAAGUUUCAGGAUUUUCU